UAUUUCGCCUCACGCGGGAAAUUGGUUGGGAAAGUGGCCAAAUUCCCACACAUUGAUGAUUAUCGUGAGUGUAUUCGGGAUAUGGAUGAGAAACAGGCAAUCACUAUGCGCUAUAUCAUCAUGGAGAUUCGCAAUCAUUAUGCCACAUUACAUGAUAUCAUUUUGAAGAAUAUUGAUCGGAUCAAGAUGCCGCGCUCGAACAAUGCAAUCAAUAUGUACUAG